UGUUCAAUGUCUUAUUUCACCCUAUCAUAAAUAAAAUAGAUUAAAAAGUCGUUUGUGAGAUUAUUUAUAGUGGGACAGAUCAGACAGGGAUUGUUAUUGCAUGCAAAUUAAGAUAUUGUUAGAAGAGGAAUAAGGAGUGUUUGCAGUCGAGCUUUUAGUGGCUGUAAGUAACUAGUACUGUGAGGUGUAUUUAAUUUCGAUUUGAACCACCAAGAGUGCUGAGUGUAAAAUCAGCACCAGUUGAUAUGGUAGGAUGUGACCCGAAAAUGGUAAUAGGAUUUUAGAGUCCCGUGGGAUAAAGCAAACAGCAAUUUUUCGGUAGUAUCGAUAGAUGUUAAAACAGUUUUCUAUAAGAAAUCGAAGUCGACUGAAAUCUUUGCAAAUUAGAACUAACUAUCGGUGGAAAUAUUUCAAAUCUAUUUUAAUGUAAUGUACAUAUAAAAGUUGACGUUGUAAAUUUAUUUCACAAUUUAAUGCUUAGUUGCCGUGUAUGAUGGUCAGAGUAAUAGAAGCAAUUUUAAUUUGAGUUUUAUUAUUCUACAAAACUCAAAAUUUGUUAUUUUGAAAGUGAAUUGAAAGACCCAACGUAUGUAGCUGGCUAGGAAGUAUCACGAUGGCAACAUAAUGCAUAAUAGGUGAAGAGGGAUAUGCGUUCACAGUAGCGGAAGUGAAGCACACACAAUCGGGAUCGGAAGUAAUUCCGGUGACCGAAUGCUGCGUUGGCAUUGGUAGUCGAUCUGCUGAAUAAUAAUUGGCGUUCGAUGCAUUUACAUGGACACUAUUGUGAAGCGACAAUAUCUUUCCGGAUGGAAUGGAAACGUCAGUCGGUUGCUUUGCUUCGUGAUAUAGCGUUUGUUCAGUAUUUACUGUGGAUCUCUAUGUCUGUGAACUUGAUCGUGCUCGGCAAAUAGGUAUUAAAGUAAAAUAACUUCGGAAGUUUAUUAUUUUUCACAAAAGUGUUCUAUUAUUCUUGCGUGGAUUUUAUUGAAAUCGAGACUCAACCGAGGUAUUUAGAAGACGAAGAAGCGAGACUGUUAGAAGACGCGAAAAAAGGGGUAGUGUCACGCCGAGUGAACGUGAAGCUGUGCGGCAAGCUGACAGGGACAUAUGCACGGAAUCUGUCGAGAAAGCGAAACGUGCAUUCCCGAGGAAUUCCUUAAACCGUUUCGAAACUGUUCCAGGCUAUCGCUAUUAAGCGGCAAGCUACGGUACAUAGGAAGGGACGUGAUUUAACAACUUUUCAUACGAAGCAUCGGAGAUCGAUUCUCCCACGUGAUUUAUCGCGUUACGUCGUUUUUUGUUUCCUCUUUCUUGUAGCUGUUCCGCAUUUCCGUUGGAACAGGGAAACGUUCGAAAUUCUUCUUCAUUUCUCCCUUGAACCGGAAAACGUUGAUUGCCUCGUAAUUUCGCUCGUGUACUGGUUGCUGCGCGAAUUUCGGUACGCCAUCGAUUUUUACGUUUAUUUUGUUUUCUGCUGUCAGGAAAAUGGGCUGUUCACCCAGUACACCGUCGUGUAAGAAGGGUGGCAUUCGAUUAAUGGCUACGAAACUUGCUUUUACCAAGGGUCAGCUGUGCAACCUGAACGCGUACUUCCGCAAUCUGGUCGACCAGGCUCAGAAUGGUGAAUGUUUAACGAGUGUUCUCGAUAAAUGUUGCACGUAGAUUCAUCCUACCGUGAAAAGAUUUCGUGUAAAACAAGCAGAAUAUCGGAUUCGGGAAUUAAAUAGGAUACUGCUCAAUUUUUUAUUCACUGACCCUUUCAACCGGCUGAAUCCGUUGCAGAAUCCGCGAAUGUUUCCGCGAUCGAAGCUGUUGUGGAGAGAUUGGUACAACGUUUGAUGCUGGGCGCUGGUAAUCUGGAUCAAAGGUUUUCAUCCAUGUUCCUCGUUUCGUUGAACGAGCCCCGACGGGUAAAGCAACUUAGGUUCGAAUACUUGCUACGAAUAGACGAGUUGUCGACUCCCAGUGCCGAAGAUGUCCCGAGAGUAAGCGUCGAGGAAGAUGCCUCUCUUCCAGGUUUCAUUCGGAUAAAGUUACUAGCUGCUGGAACAGAACUCUGGCAGGAGUACACGGACGCUGCUGGGAGAUUGAGGAGGGAUCUUGUAAAAGCCAAAUUAGCAAAUUUGUUGGCUACGGCCAUUAAACGAGAUGUUGCAAACCUAAUGGAGGAGCAGAGUUGCGUUUCGCCGGGCCAAGUGGUCGACGCUGAGAUUCUCGAUAAAAUACUGAAACAACCGGACCACUGUCGGAUAUUUUACGGAUCAAAUUCCGAAUUAUCGGCAAACUCGCACGAUAAUGUUAAUCAAAAUAAAAGCGUCUCGAAUGGACCGUUACCUGAACCGAGGAAUCAUCGAGUGGCCAUGAUAGAGGACGCUGGUGGAAUACUCCUCAGAAUUGGUUUGGAUGGGCUCAAAGCUCGAGAAGUUGAGGUCAGACUGUUAAUUGGUAUCGGUAUAUCGUCGUGGCCUAGUUUGGCAGAUUAUCCUCGAAGGAUACCUCUGUACCAUUGCGAUGCCCUUCUUCAUUACAGCGUAGCACAAAGCGGUAUGUACGCCGUAGCCGUUGGACCAUACUCCGGUGCACGCUGCGAGAACCGAGCAACCCUCUGGAGGAUACGUGUUCCGGCAGCGGAGAAAAUUAUGAGUCAACAGUAUGCCGACGACAGUGUUCCUGCUCUCACGGAAUCUGUGCUGCUGGAAAUUUUGUACGAGCUCCGCGAAGGACGUCACGUGAAUCCGCCGAUGAAAUCAAAGGUAAGGGGAGGUUUAGGCGCCUCUUCGUCGCAGCAUCGUUUACGAGUGGUAUCUAGACACAUUUUGAGAACCGUAUACCGAUGGUCGUUGGAAAGAACAGGGCCUGAUCCGUUGACGAGCUGGUCGCCCGACACCCUUUCGCGACACGUUUUAUUAGCGUUGGACGAGUUAGUCGCUGCUCUGAAAUGCCAGAACCUGAGGUGUUACUUUCAUCCGCGGUGCAACGUGAUGCUACAAUGCGCGAGAGGUGGCAUAGUGCAUCACGAGGAUUCUUACGUCUCCGACUGCAGGCUGCUCGAGUCGUACUUGGAGACGCUCCAUUAUCGUUCCUUUUCCAUGACACGGGACGUGCCCAGACCUUUGGACGUUAUGGAGGGCGAGCUCAUUGUCAGAUGGCGAGACGUCAUGACCUCGCUGCCUAGAGGAAGCCCGAGCGAGGAUCACGGAUAUAGCUCGAGGCAACUGGAAUAUUUCAGUUUGAUCCUGGAGCAAGUGUUGCGUGCGAAGAAUGCCACGUUGCAGGAUCAUUCGAAUAACUAUUCCUACCUAAAUUUCCCGGAAUUGCCUUACCCCGCGAUGGAACACGUGGAGAACUUGGUGUAUCUGUUGAGACUGGUUUUAACCCAGGCUAGGGAUCAGAUAUACGCGAUGACGAAUCGUAGAAUGCGUCAGUUAUCCAGGAAAGAGAAACGUUGCAACGCCAAAAGCCAAUUCGAUUACGCGGUCGAAGUCUUGGUCGACAUAGUCAGGAGGGACGGAGAGACCGCCAACAUGGAUCUGGAAGCUUACCCAAUAAUGACAAAAAUGCUUCUACACUGGUUGCACUUCGGUAUGGACUACGACCGAAAGAUCCUCGAGCCAAUCUUGCGUUCGUAUUUAAACAAUCUCUUCAACAGUCUUCACGAGCACUGUUGGUGCGCGUCGUCGUGGAAGAGGAGGCAACAAAUCUACGCCUCGGAGAUGCAGUCGUUGGCCAAGUUUUGUAAAUCCGUGAUAAAUCAAGAGGUGUCGCCUGCCAGUGGAAUCGUGGACUACCUAUCCGAAGGCUGGUGUUGGGCAGAGAGUAUGACGAACAUGAUCGAACGUUCGGGGAACUGUCUGCCACUGAUUUUCUUUUACCGAGGCAAAGCGAUUAGAUACAAUUUAACGUUUAACGAAAACAGGGGACUCAGCUCGUUUUCCACGUGGAGCAAAGUCAGGAGCGUCAGCAGCAUCGCGAGGCGGAAAAGGAUGAACUCGAGAGCUAACGAAAUCAUUGACUCUUUGUUGCAGUCGCGACGAGAAGCUUGCUACGAAACGAAAGGCGUUGCAGACUACACGGAAUUGAGGGACGUCAGCCCUUUGACAUACGUCGCGACGAUGAGCAGAUCGCGCGCCCGACAGCGUGGUCCUGGCGAUUUGAUCUCUGCCAUGGUUUCUCUCGGGAAGUUUAGGGUUUUGCAAGAGCUAGCGGCCCUAUUGCCUCGAGAACAGCGGACGGUCAUGUUGGAUACGAUACAACGGGUCGCCAGAGACUCCUCUCGCCGCUCGAGGAAGCUCCUCUGCGUCGAUGAAUCGGAUUCACCGAGACAAGUCUACAGACCGAGGUCAGAAUCGGAUCUGCUGGAUUCAUCUCCACGAUUAUCGCCCGGUGUUCGCGAGCGUCGCAUUGUCGCGGAACAUCAAAAACAGCUCGAGAGGGAAAUGCAAGAAAUGCAUGAUACUUUGAGACGCAACGCGCUCGCGAGGCAGCGCUUCUGCGUCUGGGAUUCGUAUUCGGUGUCGUCUUGGAGCUCUUCUAUCGAUUCCUUCGCGGGGACAAUAACGCUCAGAAAAUACCGCGCUCCGAUAUGGGACGCCAUUAAAGGAAGUACCUCUGCACGGGUCAGUCCCUGCGUGGAUCGUGGUCUCGCGAAAAAUACAUUCGGCGAGAUGAUCAGCCGCGAGGAGUCGCCUAACUGGAGCACGCUGGACUCGCGACGGAAGCUGGACGACACCGAGUCGAAGAAUGGAGACGGAUUGCCAUCUUGGGCCACGCUCGAGGCUACGCUGAAUAGGAGGCUCUGUAAUUACGACAACGCUCUGGCAGGAUCCUUGGAAACGGCUGAAAGUAUUCGUGGGAAACCGCGCGGUGAUGCAACGUGAGGAAUUCGAAGGAGUAGCUACAUCGAAGAGAAUGAAUUUUUUAUCUCGGGGCGAACUCGUCGCGAACAUUUUUCGAUUUUGACGUUCGCCUGACAUUUUCGAUUCGUCGACUUUCGCAAACGAGAAAUAAAUGUUUCCGCGGAAGAUAUUUUGCA